AUGCAUUUAGAGCCGAUUAAUGGGACUGGCACAGCAGUUCCCGGUGGUAUCGAGGAGCGACAACCGGAGGAGGAGGAGCAGCAGCAGCAUGAGGAAAACCUCGGCGAUGCGCCGAAGAAGCUGGCCAUUAUCGGCAUGGCCUGCCGACUUCCAGGCGAGGUGACGACACCAGACGAGUUGUGGGAACUCUGCUCGCGAGCUCGAAGCGCCUGGUCACCCAUGCCGAAGAGCCGAUUCAACGCCGAAGCCUUUUACCAUCCGAACCCCGAUCGACCCGGCUCGUUUAACCCUAAAGGAGCACACUUCCUACACGAAGACGUUGGUCUAUUCGAUGCGCCAUUCUUCAAUAUUACUCUCCAAGAGGCGCGCUCGAUGGACCCGCAACAUCGCAUCAUGUUGGAAUGUGUUUACGAAGCGUUCGAAAAUGCGGGUUUCUCGAAUCACUCGAUUACUGGCAAGGAUAUUGGUGUCUUUGCUGGUGCUUCGUUUCCGGAUUAUGAGGUAAACAACACAAAGGAUGCGGAUUCUAUUCCUAUGUACGACUCGACGGGAACUUCGGUUGCGUUGCAGUCGAAUCGCAUUUCUUACUACUUCAAUCUUCACGGUCCUAGUAUUACGGUUGAUACUGCUUGUUCGUCCAGUUUGUCGGCUUUACACCUGGCUGCGCAAAGUAUUCGGAAGGGAGAAUGUUCGAUGGCGGUUGUGGGGGGUUGUCAUCUUAAUCUUGUUCCUGAGAUGUUUAUUUCUAUGACGCGGUCAAGACUGCUCGCUGAUUCUGGUCGAUCAUAUGCAUUCGAUAAUAGAGGAACCGGGUUCGGUCGUGGAGAAGGAGCGGGAUGCAUAGUUUUAAAGGACCUUGAGGAUGCACAAGCCGCGGAAGACGCCAUCAGAGCCGUUAUUGUCAACACCGGCAUCAACCAGGAUGGUCGGACAAGAGGUAUCGCAAUGCCAAAUGGAGAGGCCCAAGAGGCAUUGAUUCGAGCCGUCUACAAGGAAGCGAAAGUCGACCCUGCCAACACUGGAUUCGUUGAGGCUCAUGGAACUGGUACCAAAGUUGGCGAUCCACUAGAGGCCAAGGCUCUGAAUGCUGUCUUUGGAAAAGGACGGACGCCGAAACAACCGUUACUUAUUGGUUCCAUAAAAUCGAACAUGGGCCAUCUGGAGGGAUCCAGCGGUAUUGUAGCGAUUAUCAAAACGGCUUUAAUGCUGGAACGCGGAUUUGUCUUGCCGAACUGCAAUUAUCAAAAGACGAAUGAGGAGAUUCCAAUGGAUCAGUGGAAUAUGAAGGUUCCGAAGAAAUUGCAGCCCUGGCCCCGGGGUAAAAACUACGCAAGCGUCAACAACUUCGGCUUUGGCGGGACCAAUGCCCAUAUUAUCAUGGAGCGUGCCCCUCGCCAUCAAGGUCAAGGAUCGCAGAACACGGAUCCUCUCAAACGGAAAGUGUUUGUUGCAUCUGGUAACGACAAGAAGGCGGCUCUGGAUACAAUCAAACAACUCGCAACAUACAUGGAUCUCAACCCGUUCAUCUUUAAUGACAGCCUAAUGGAUAAUUUGGCCUACACUCUUGGCCAACGACGGAGCUUCCACUCUUGGCGCGUGGCCGUGGCAUCUUCACACAAUUCGGACCUUAGCGCAUCCUGGGCAAAAAUCCCAGAGCCUGUUCGAUCAUCCCGUGAGCCAUCAAUCGGCUUCGUGUUCACUGGACAAGGCGCCCAAUGGCAUGGUAUGGGCAAAGAGCUUUUGAGCACAUAUCCCAUUUUCCGGAAGACGAUGCAGGAUGUGGAUACAUGCUUGAAAUCUCUUGGAUCAACUUUCUCCAUCAUCGACGAACUUCUGCUAGAGGACUCAACGGCGAGCAAGAUUUCCGCCGCUUACAUGAGCCAGCCCGCAUGUACAGCAGUUCAACUGGCUCUUGUAGAUCUUCUUUCGUCGUGGGGUAUACGUCCCAAGGCAGUUGUGGGUCAUUCCAGCGGCGAGAUUGCUGCUGCAUACGCUGCAGGUGUCUUGACUCUGGAAGAGUGUGUCCGCGUGGCAUACUGUCGAGGUGUGGCUGCCAACAUUGUCGCCAAUGAUGACAGCAUCCAUGGUGCCAUGUUGGCUGUCGGUGCUAAAGCUUCCGAUAUCCAGCAGAUCUUAGACGCCAUAAAAGGCAAGCGGGCUGUCAUUGCAUGUGAGAACAGUCAUACCAGUGUCACUCUUUCCGGUGACAAGGACGUCAUCUCAAAUCUACAAGUCGCCUUGGACAAGGAAGGGAUCUUUACUCGCAUGCUUCACGUUGACGUCGCUUAUCAUUCCCACCACAUGAAAAGUGUAUCCAAGCAGUACCAGUCGUUGCUCGGAAAAAUUGCCCCCCAGCCAUCUCGUGUUUCAUUCCAUUCGACCGUUUAUGGGAAACUUGUCCCGGGAAGUGUGCUUGAUGCUUCUUACUGGGUUGAGAACCUUGUCUCGCGAGUAGAAUUCGUCAAAGGAGUGGAGAGCCUGCUCAACACCGAGGAGCCCACAGGACAAAUCGAUACGCUGGUCGAAAUCGGUCCCCAUCCUGCAUUGCAAACACCUACGAAAGACAUUGUCCAUACCCACGCUCCCAACCGCAACAUGCAAUUUGAACAUACUCUGAACAGAAAGCUCGACGCCAUAGAAGCUGUCCAGGACCUCGCCAUGUCCCUCUUUAAUUCUGGCAUGAUGACCCUCAACUUUCAGGAGAUCAACUUUCCGAAUCUCAACACCUGUGAACGGAAGCCCGCUAUUUUGACCAAUCUCCCUAAGUACCCCUGGAACCACUCGGAAAGGUACUGGAUUAAUGCCAGGCUAUGCGAUAACCUGUACCGACCUCAAUUUGCCCGAAAUGAUAUUCUGGGAAAGCUUUCCAUCGAAAACAUUGAUUUCGAGCCUCGGUGGAGGAAUCUCAUUCGGGCAGACGAUCAUCCCUGGAUCAGACAACACCGCGUCCAUGACAGCAAUGUAUAUCCCAUGACUGGUUUCUUGGCCAUGGCCAUGGAAGCAAUCUCCCAGCAAGCACAAAUUCAUCAUCUGAAACCUGGAAAGAUUGAGCUUCGGGAUAUUUUCAUCAGUCGGGUCCUCGCAAUUCCUGACAACGCGACGGUAGAAACAAUGUUAAGUCUGCGCCCUGUGCGACCUGAUGCUCCGGGAAGAGCUGUUCUAGGCUGGCAUGAGUUCAAAGUCUUCUCCUGGGCUGAAGGUAGAGGCUGGGAUCAACAUGUCAGCGGAUUCGUCAUGGUGCAGGAAUCAAAAGAAGCCAAUCCCGUGAGCGGUUCCCGGGAAGAAAUGGAAAUAACUGGUACCAUGAAAAGGACGGUGCAGGAAAUCAACUCUUCCUGUGGUACGGCUGUGAAUACGGACACCCUGUAUGAAAAUAUUUCCAGCGGUGGUAUUCACUAUGGCCCUCUCUUCCAAGGUCUGAAGAAUAUUUCCGUCAACACAACGAAGGGAGCCGUCGCCACAAUUGAGGUCCCCAAUACCAAGGAGUGCAUGCCCCAUGAACACGAAACCGACUGCAUCAUCCACCCAGUCACUCUGGACCUUUGCACCCAGACAAUGUGGCUGCUACAGGGAUUUGGCGAGCCCGGUCCACAUGUGACAUAUGUUCCUUCACACGUGAAGCACGUCUCUGUAUCACUGGACUCCAAGAUUGGUCAUGGCGCUACGCUAAAUGUAUACGGCUCUCAGUUUGGCGUGGAGUCUGCCAGCAGGCCUCUGAACAACCGAAUUUUCGCCACGCACUCCGAUGACCCAUCCAAGAUCGCGGUGGAAAUCGAUGGCAUUACCUUGGUCCCUAUCUCGAAUGAUAUCAAAGGAUCGAAGGACAAUGCGCCAAACCAAAUCUGCUACAAGCUUCACUGGGAGCCCUGUUUCGAAUUUCUUUCAGAAGAUACCUACCGUCAACUCCCGCGACCUGAUGUCAGUGACGGUGGCAAGGGUACUCAGAGAAUGCACCAGCUUGACAGAGUCGCGGAGAAUUGGCUGCGACGCAUGCUGAGCGCUGUUCCCGAAGAGAAAGUCCCCUCUCUGCCACAUCACCAGCAAAGAUUUUAUCGCUGGGCACAGCAAACGUGCAGAGAGGCAGAAAUGGUGGAAGACUUACCAGCAGAAAUUAUUGAACAGACACGCAAUGCGAACGGCGCCGGUGAAUUCAACUGCAAAGUUGGCGAGCUACUCCCUCAGAUUCUGCGCGGCGAGGUUGAUGCACUUACUCUCAUGCUUGAGGAGGAUCUGCUCAGUAAAUACUACGAGGACUUGGAUGGCCUCCGCGAGGCGUACGCCAAUGCCUUGGUUUGUAUUGAUAAGAUCGCCCAUCAGAACUGCGACAUGAACAUCUUGGAAAUCGGUGCUGGAACGGGAGGAGCCACAAUGCCGAUUUUGAAGAGCCUGGGAGGUAACGAGCCUGGCUCAACCCCCCCCGGUUUGGCCACUACACUUAUACCGAUAUCUCCCCUGGAUUUUUCGAGAAGGCGAAAUCGAAGUUCGAGGAUUGGGGGCUUUGAGCUUGGAUCGUACGACAUGGUCAUCGCUUGCAAUGUUCUCCACGCCACACCGCAGAUUAACGAGACUAUGGCCAAUAUCCGCUCAUUGUUGAAACCCGGUGGUAAGAUCAUGUUGAUUGAAGAGACUGCAUCCAAACCCCGCCAUUUCCCCUUCGCUCUCUUGCCUGGGUGGUGGCUCGCCAGCGACGAGGUCCGUCCAGAUGGGCCCCUUCUGACUCGUGAAGGAUGGAACGAUGUCAUGAAAGCGAACGACUUUUCUGGGGUCGAUCUCUGCGUCGAAGAAUACCCGGGAGCCUCUUUCCAGUCUGGUUGCUUGAUCAUGUCAACCGCCAAUGGUCCCACAGCUGGGCCCACAAACCCUGGAGAUAUCGUCGUCGUGGGAGGUGAGAACAUUGGAAGCCUUUCCUUCUUGAGUCUUGAGGCCGGCCUGGCCGAUGCAACUGGCGUGAAGCCGACAAUCGUAUCUGAUCUCGAAUCGGUUGACGUGUCUGGAAAAUGGUGCAUUUUCCUCGGUGGCAUGGAUCAGUCAUUAUUGUCUCACCUUACACCCGAGAAGUUCCAAGAGUUCCAACGGCUGAUGAGUCGUGCUCGUGGUCUUUUAUGGAUUGUGCGCCAUACCAACCUGGAUCGUCAGUCCCUCGGAGCAAACAUGGUUGUUGGAUUGGCUCGCACCGUUCGGUCUGAAACUGGCAUGCCUUUCGCAACGCUCGACCUGGGAGAAAAGGAGAGCAUGUCGGAUGCCCAAGCCGUUCACCACAUGCUAGAUGUCUUCAAAGGAGUCUACUGUCACAAGUCGCAACUCAUGCAGAGUGACAUGGAAUUCGUUGUCCGUGAUGGUCAUAUUUGUGUUCCUCGUCUGAUCGACAACCAUCAGCUCAAUAUCAGCGUUCAACAAGAAACAGCCGAUGCACCGCCAGCACUGCAACCAUUCAAGCAAGCGGACCGUCCACUCCGUCUCACUGCUGGAGAUAGCAGGACUUUGGAUGAAAUGUACUUUACCGAUGAUGAUGCACGUAACGAUCCACUUCCCGCAGAUUACGUUGAGAUCAGAGUCACUUGCACAGGUCUCAACUUCCGCGAUGUUCUUAUGGCUAUGGGCCAGCUUCGUGGAGACAAACUAGGUCAAGAGUGCAGUGGUGUCGUCUCAAAGGUUGGUUCGGCAGUGACCAAUUUCGCCACGGGCGAUCGAGUCUGUGCCAUGUCCCCGGGCUCCCUCUCGACAUACACACGUUGUGCAGCAUCGUGCGCAUGGGUCAUCCCUGACGAUAUGUCGUUUGAAAUCGCAGCAUCAAUUCCAGCCGUCUUCUGCACAGCAUACUAUUCUCUUGUUGAUUUGGGUCGUCUGGUGCAAGAUGAGACUGUUCUCAUCCAUGCAGCAGCCGGUGGUGUUGGUCAAGCCGCAAUUAUCAUUUCUCAAAGCAUCGGUGCCAAAAUUUAUGCAACAGUCGGAAGUAUAGAAAAGAAGAAAUUCCUGAUGGACACCUACAAUCUCAAGGACGAGCAGAUCUUUUUCAGUCGUGAUACAUCAUUUGCUGAAGGCAUUCGCCGGGCCACUGGCGGAGAAGGUGUGGACGUUGCCCUGAACUCGUUGAGUGGCGAUGCCCUACAGGCUACAUUCGAGUGUAUCGCGCCAUUUGGACGAUUCAUUGAGCUCGGUAAGCGAGAUAUCACGACUAACUCCCGGCUUGAGAUGUCCCACUUCAAUGAAAACGUUUCGUUUGCAUCGGUAGACUUGGGCAUCGUGAGAGAAAAGCGACCCAAGCUUCUGAAGCGACUCUUCCGUAAUUCCUUCCAGAUUUUCGCCGACUCCAGAGCUCAGUCGCGCUGGCCUAUUACUACACUCCCGAUAUCUGACGUGGAAGCUGGCUUCCGUGCUCUGCAAGGCGGACAAGUUAUUGGCAAGAUGGUUGUCUCGAUCACGAAUGAUUCUAAGGUCCAGGUAUACCCGGCACGGAAAGAAGAAAAGCUUCUACGACCAGACGCUACCUACAUCGUUGUGGGCGGAACUAGUGGAAUCGGCCUUGAUAUUGCCAGUUGGAUGCCACAAAAGGGUGCUCGCCAUAUUGUACUAGUAUCCCGAAGCGGUGCGGCCACUGAGAUGGCUCAGAACACGAUCCACGAUCUGGAGCAACAAGGCGUGACUGUCGACGUAUGUCGCUGUGACAUUUCCAGCCAGCAAAGCGUUAAAGACAACUUGUCUCCACUCCUCGCCGACCUACCUCCUACUCGAGGUGUUGUAUACGGUGCGAUGGUUCUUCGAGACAUGCUUUUCGAAAAGCAAAGUUUCGACGACUACGAGACAGUCAUGAGACCUCGAGUCCAUGGAAUUUGGAACUUGCAAAAUACCCUGCAGAACCUGGAGAAGGGCAACCUCGACUUCUUUGUUACACUAUCCUCAGCAGCUAGUUUUGUCGGAAAUAUGGGCCAGGCAGCAUACGCAGCCAGUGGAACAUUCAUGGCUGCGCUCGCUCAAUACUCGCAGGUCUCAAAUAUUCCCUGCACAACAAUCGACCUCCCUGUUGUUCGUGGUAUUGGAUAUCUCUCAGAUGACAAGAAACGCGAACAGAUUUCCUCUCAACUGGGAACAGAGUCUGUUUGUGCAGCCGAGAUCCGCGGCCUUGUCGCCGCUGCCAUUCGAAAGGAAAUGCUUGAUACCUGCGCAGGCCACUGCGUAGUAGGAUUCGAUGGUGUCAAGAAAUAUCCUGCUAGCGAGCAACCAUUCUGGGUCAACGAUACCAAGCUAUCGCACUUACUACGAGUAUCAACUCUCGCAAGCGCAGGGGACUUGGUCGAUUCCGUGCAGUCCAACACCGAGAUAUCACCUGCAUCCGCAAUUCGCCAAUCUCGCGGCCGUGAGAGUGCUGAAGCCGCCACAGUCAACGCUCUUUCCCAGAAAAUCUCAAGCAUUCUCAUGCGUCCCAUGGAGGAUAUGGAUCCUUCAGCACCCAUUUCAGUUUACGGUCUUGAUUCAUUGGUUGCGAUUGAAAUUAGAAACUGGAUCACCCGAGAGCUGGAGGCCAAUCUUCAGAUUCUCGAGAUUCUGACAAGUGAUUCCUUACAUGCGCUUGCGGAACAUAUUUUGAGAAAGUCGGUCGAAGGGCUCGUCAACAAACCAGGUGUUGUGUUGCGAAUCGUAUACAAUGGGAUAGCUCGACUUCUGGCCGCAGAGUCUGUCGAUUUGAGAUUGGUUGCUGGAGCUAAUGGUGAACCAGUAGAGAUUGGUAUCGUGGCUGAUCGGCUCGCACUUGUAGAAGAAGCCAAUGAGGCCCUCGCCGAAGACAUCACUGCGGAAGUCAACCGAAAGCUUCUUGUUCAGGUUGAUAUUGUCGCAGUCCUCCUUCAGACCCUGGACGCUGGCGACGUUCGCUUCUUUGGUGGUAAAUCCCUUGGCAGUGUGGGUUCCAUUGGCGGACCAGGUGAACAUGGGAAGCUGGACUGUCUCGGCAAUCUGGGUGAGCAGGAGACUUUUCGCGGUUCCCAUGGCGGAGCAUUCAGUUGCGGCAGCAAGGAGGCCGACUGCCCCAAGCAGCAUUCCGCGCGGGGAAAAGAAGGUAGAUCGCAUUUUGUUAAGUUGGGAGGAGUAAAGACGUUGGAAAGGUGGAAGAUUUAG